UACGGAGGGAAUUGACAAAGAGAAGGGACGGCCGGUUAUUGAUUCCGCCGAUCUACGCGCGUACGGCAGUCACGGCACACAUGUUUUUGACGUUUGUGAGCACGCCGAUCCGGAUGGACAGCGGAGCGAUUUCGCGCGCCGUGCUCCGUGCGAUGGCCUGAGACCGAACGGCGCGCGUUCGCCGUCUCUCGCUGGGUGCGCGUCAAGUACGUCUCCUCGUCAGGCCGUACCCGCGGCCAGCCGUUGACUUCGGAAGAGCCGUUGAUCCCGUCCCUCCGACCGCCCGCCCGCACGCGCGCGGGGGUGUUAUGCCGAGCCCGACGCGGAGGAGCGUCGUAGUAGGUUAAGCUCCGUGGGCCAAGGUCCGCGUCUACCCCGCCGUUGAAUGAGACGCCGCGUCCGCGGCCGCGCGAAAAUGGACAACGUGGCGACCGCCGAGUGUCUGACCCUGGAUUUCGGCCCGUUCGAGACGGUGCACCGAUGGCGGCGCAUGCCGGAGUGCGACGAAUUCGUCGGCGCCAGGCGCAGCAAGCACACCAUCGUGGGAUACAAGGAUGCUAUUUACGUUUUCGGCGGCGACAACGGCAAGAGGAUGCUGAACGAUCUGCUGCGCUUCGACGUGAAGGAGAAGUCCUGGGGCAGGGCGUUUGCAACCGGCACCCCGCCCGCGCCGCGCUACCACCACUCCGCAGUGGUUCACGGCUCGUCGAUGUUCGUGUUCGGCGGUUACACCGGGGACAUACACUCCAACUCCAAUCUUAGUAAUAAGAAUGAUCUGUUCGAGUAUCGCUUCCAGACUGCUCAGUGGAUAGAGUGGAGAUUUAUUGGAGUGACUCCAGUGCCCAGAUCUGCUCACGGUGCCGCUGUAUAUGAUAAUAAAUUAUGGAUAUUUGCGGGCUACGAUGGCAAUGCCAGAUUGAACGAUAUGUGGACAAUAUCAUUAUUGCCUGGUGAUUUCAAAGCGUGGGAGGAGGUCGUUCAGGUCGGCGAACGUCCACCGACGUGUUGCAAUUUCCCCGUCACGGUGGCCCGAGAAUCAAUGUUCGUUUUCAGCGGGCAGAGCGGAGCUAGGACAACUAACAGCCUCUUCCAGUUUCACUUCAAGGAGAGACGGUGGACACGCAUAUCGACGGAGCACAUAUUGCGUGGCGCGCCGCCGCCUCCUGCACGACGAUACGGUCAUACGAUGGUCAGUUUCGAUCGUCAUCUCUACGUUUUCGGCGGUGCGGCUGACUCGGCUCUGUCCAAUGAUCUUCAUUGUUACGAUCUCGAUACACAAACGUGGAACGUUCUCUUACCGUCCACAGAUAGCGAGGUACCUCCCGGUCGGCUUUUCCACGCCGCCGCCGUGAUUGGAGAUGCGAUGUUCAUUUUUGGGGGAACCAUAGACAACAACAUACGCUCCGCCGAGAUGUACCGCUUCCAAUUCUCGUCGUAUCCCAAAUGCACGUUGCACGACGAUUUCGGCAGGCUGCUGAGUAUGAGCCUCUUCUGCGACGUGGAAUUCAUAGUGGGCAAGCUGGGGACCAAGAUACCGGCGCACGUAGCCAUGGUGGCGGCGCGCUCGCAAUUCCUCCGGUUGCGCAUUCGGCAAGCGCGCGAAUCGCGGGACAAGUGUUUGGAACAACAAUUCGUUAACGUGUCCACCAAGGAACUACCGCUAUUGGAGGUGAGAUUAAAAGAUGCCGAGCCGGAAGCUUUCAAAAUGGUGUUAAACUACAUUUACACCGAUCGUAUUGAUCCUACCAAAGGACCGGACGAGAAGGUCGAAGAUCCGCAGAGCAAUCGCAUUGUACUUCUUAUGAUGGACGUGUAUCGCCUCGCCGUACAGUUCAAUAUGAUACGAUUGGAACAGCUGUGCGUCAACUACCUCGAGGCGACCAUAAGCCACAAGAACGUUUUGGAGGCGUUGCGCAACGCCGUGCAGCUGGGAUUGCACUUCAUAAAGGAGUUUUGCCUUAGCUUCGUCGUGAAGGAAAACAACUACAAUCUGAUCGUGAUGAGCCAGGAGUUCGAGACUCUGGAUCAACCGCUGAUGGUAGAGAUCAUCAGGCGUCGGCAGAUGCCGCAGAGUAGAACUUUCACGAAGUACGAAUACGAAUCUAUCACCGGAACCAGCAUGGAGCAAGAUAUGGAAGCGUUUCUGAAGAGUGUCGGUCGGGAAUUUUGCGACAUCACGUUAAAACUGAACGGUAAGCCGAUACCGGCGCACAAGGCCAUCCUUGCGGCGCGAUGCAGCUAUUUCGAAGCAAUGUUUCGAUCCUUCAUGCCCGAAGAUAAUAUGGUGAACAUACAAAUUGGCGAGAUGAUACCGUCGUCCGAAUCGUUUCAAUCCUUGAUGAGGUACAUUUAUUUCGCGGAUGUCUCGAUGCCACCCGAGGAUUCCUUGUACCUGUUCACCGUGCCGUCGUUCUAUGGCUUCACGAACAACCGGCUCCAGGCGUUUUGCAAACAGAAUCUCGAGAUGAACGUUACUUUCGAGAAUGUUAUACAGAUUCUGGAGGCGGCCGAUAGGAUGCAAGCUACCGAUAUGAAGAAGUACGCCCUGAAUCUGAUAGUUCAUCAUUUUAGCAAGGUUGCUAGGCUUCCAAGAUUAAGACAAUUAAGCCGCGAGCUCUUGCUGGAUAUUCUCGAUGCUCUGGCCGAUGAACGCAGCGAUGCCAGAACGUGUCAAGACAUGACUAAUGAUUGCUGACGGAUUUCUCUCUCAGAUCGUCGUCCGUGCAGCUGGGACUUACCAUCGCCGUGCAGUUUUCAGGAACUGUGCCGAGUGAAUUUUAUCCUCAUAGGACGAACGAUUCUGUUUGUUGGCAACUGCUAUCUCGAUCACGCGGCUAAAUCUUGCCUGACAUCGGACAUACAAACUCUGUUGCCGUUGUCAACAGCCACGUCUUCUGCCUCGAUUCAGGAUGAACCGCCGUCGCCGUCGUCAUCGCCAUCAUCAUCGUCGUCGUCUUCGUCGUCAUCGUCAUCGCCGUCCACGCCGUCAUCGUCGUCACCAUCAUCGUCGUCACCGUCAUCGUCGUCAUCAUGCAACGCUGAUCACCCGGACGCGCCGUCUCGUUGUGACGACGACAGGAGGCAACACCAAUGGUCCACUAUUACCCGUCGUUGUUCCGUCAGUUGCAACAUGUUGAAACGCACUGUCGUCGCCCUUUCGGACCUCGGGCUUAGAAAGUUGUUCCCGGAUUAUUGAUCUAUCUGAACCGGCCUGUCUCACGCCCGGAGGAAAUUGGAAAAUGUUGACAUUAUUAAUUGCUCGUGCGUUCGAUAUAAACACCUAAAUGCUCAGUCCGUAAGGUACUAUUAAUUUUACAAUUUUAUUUUGAUAUUUUACGACACAGCGAAUUUUUUAAGUGACGUAAAUUUUCGUAACAGACCAAUUUUCAAUGGUAUCUCAUUAUGGUGGCCACGAUAAGCCUACAUGUUUCCACGUUUUUAUUAUAUAUGUUGAAGAGUUUGUAAUAAAAUAUAUAUGAAAUGUCUAUUUGUGCUAAAGGAAACAUUGUUACGACAUAUUUAUGUGUACUCGCGAUCGUGUUAUUCCGUCGUAUCUCUUAAUCGUUGAUCGUUUUGUAAUUAUAUAUGAGACACAGAAAAUAUUUUUAUGGGCUUAAGUAAUAUACAUAGUAUAAAUAGUAAUAUAUAAAUAAUUUCAUUUUAUGCAGGUGGGAUAUUGGAAUGAUCGAUACAAAUGAAUGUUUUAUGCGUAUGUGCUGUUGGAGAUAAACAUAUUUUCAAGAUGUUUCAGAAUUGUUGAUAUAAGAUAUUCUAUAACUAAAAUAUGAGGGUAAAUUAAUUAAGUCUAGACUGUACAUCAGUGUGAGUCAAAUUGCAAAGUGCGCCUAUAUUUUCAUCGAAUAUAACAUAAUAAAUUCAAUUAUACCUGCAAAAACAGAAACUCUGUAUUUCAUUCAAUCUAUUACUGCUGUUGGCCUCAUUGAUGAACGAUAAUUGCGAUUAAAAAUUUACAAAACCAAAAUUAUAGGGAGAUCGCAGCAUUAGUGAUGCACACAAUCAAGUGCCGCUCAAGAUAAAAACUUCAGGAAUUAUAGAAUGGAUGGUAACAUCAAUAAUCGCGCUUGAUUAAUAAAUUAUAUUUUAAUCUUGAAUAUAAUUGUACAUACAUGUGAUUCGUAUUCUCGUGGAAGUAAUUAAUUCUUCAAAUUUACAAGAGCAAACAACACGAAUCGAGGGAACGAGAGAAACCGAACAGCAGGAGCUUGUGUAUAAAAUCACAUUGCUCUGUUUCUCUCUGUAUCUCCUUUCUCUUCCUCUUCUAUGUAAUAUUAUCUCUAGACAGGUGACAUUUUUAUUGUACCUAUAAUGUUAUCUCUAGAGGUGAUACUUAUUUACUCUGAAUACACAUCUGAUUUGGCGAAAUUUCGUUUCGAGCGAUCGAGACGAAAGGGUCAACCCUGCGAUCGGCGA